ACGUGCGCUUAACCUGCUGCGCUACCACCCGACUCCCGCAUUUCUCUUCUUAGUCCUCACAGGUAAGCGACCCGUCAGGGAUGGCUGGGAGGAAUGACACCAUCGUGACCGAAUUCUUCCUGAUUGCUUUCACUCAACACCCUGGGUGGGGGUUUCCCCUCUUCCUGCUGUUUCUAAGUUUCUACCUGGUCACUCUGGUGGGCAACGUGGGCAUGAUCCUCCUGAUUUGCAGAGACCGCCGCCUCCACACCCCCAUGUACUUCUUCCUCAGCCACCUCUCCUUCGUGGACAUCUGCUACUCCUCCACCAUCGUCCCUCAGAUGCUGGUGGUGCUCCUGGAACACGGCACCCUCAUCUCGCUGGCUCGCUGUGCUGCUCAGUUCUUCCUCUUCACCUUCUUUGCUUCCAUCGACUGCUACCUCCUGGCUCUCAUGGCCUAUGACCGCUACGUGGCCGUGUGCCAGCCCCUGCUCUAUGUCACCAUCAUGACCGAGAAGGUCCGCCUAGGUUUGGUGGCCGGGGCAUACGUGGCUGGCUUCUCCAGUGCCUCUGUCCGCACGGUCACUGCCUUCACCCUCUCCUUUUGUGGCCACAAUGAAAUUGACUUCAUUUUCUGUGACCUCCCUCCUCUGCUGAAGCUUACGUGUGGGGACAGCUAUCCGCAGGAGGUGGUGAUCAUCGUCUUUGCUAUUUUUGUCAUGCCUGCUUGCAUCGUGGUCAUCCUGGUGUCCUACCUGUUCAUUGUGGUGGCCGUCCUGCAGAUGCACUCUGCAGGGAGCAGGGCCAAAACCUUCUCCACCUGCGCCUCCCACCUCACCGCCGUGGCUCUCUUCUUCGGCACCCUCAUUUUCAUGUAUCUGAGAGACAACACGGGCCAGUCUUCUGAGGGAGACCGUGUGAUAUCAGUGCUCUAUACAGUGGUGACCCCCAUGCUGAACCCUCUUAUCUAUAGUCUGAGGAAUAAAGAGGUCAAGGAGGCUUUUAGGAAAGCUGUGGGCAGAUCAAAAGCAUCUGCAGGAUCCUAACUUGACCUUUGUUGUUCCUCUGGCUGUGGCUACUGCUUGAUCUAUUUAUGCCUCCAACCAUCGUCUGACAGACUGAGGAUUUUACAUGUCUGAUAUUGUUUAAAUCUCACAACUAGAACAUAAACCACCUCACAUUAAGUUUUUAUUCUCCUCUGUAUGAGCUUCAUAUCUGUAUUCCAGGGCCCAGCAAAAUACACAGCACAUAGAAGACUCUCCUUAAACAAUUGCUGAGUGAAUGAAUACAUUUCAUGGUCCAAAUG